AUGUAAGCACAAGAAAUUAAUAAAGAUUCAUAAGUUGAUAAAGUGAGUAAUCCAGGAGAAUCACCAUUUUUCAAGUCAUUUUUAGAUAGAAUUAAAGAGCAAAACUUGCCAUUUGCUGAAUAUGAACUUAUUGCAAUUUAAGAUAUCACUGACGUACUUUUCUAAUAUUCUAUGAUAAGAGGUGAAAAACUUAAAACAAUUACAAGGUAACUAUUGUUAUUUAAAUUUAGUUUUAUUGAUUAUUUAAUAUGUUAAUUAUCUGGCAAUCCUGAAUUGAAUAAAUUAAAUUUUGAUUAUAUUGUAGAGUUAAAUUAGGCUUAACUAAUUCCAACCAAGAGAUUGUGGAACACUACUAUUAGUUAAAAAUUAUUUCUAGAUUAAAUUCCUAAAUGGUAAGGUUAGAGGCCAAUUUCAGAGCUGAAAUCUGUUGAAUGA